UACAUAGUGUGGACUGAACCCAAUGGGUAUGUGUGACAAAGAGAGAGAAACCAGAAAGAGAAAGCGAGGGCAGCAGAGGAGAAGAGAAGUUAGAGGACAGUGGCAAAACAGACAGACAGAGACUUUGAUUGUGGACCACUGCACACAAUGGAAGGCACUUUGUAAAUAAGUCGUAAAGGGGAACUAAACUUGUUUGAGGGUCAACUAGGCACAGGAGAGAACGAGAGGAAAUGAAGGAGUUGGGGGAAAUGGCGGUCUCCCUGAGCAGAGGAGACAAAGUAAGACGACCCAAAGUUUGGCUUAAGAAUGAAUUUGUUCGAGUGGGACUCGCUGAAUUCCUUUGCACAUAUGUCAUGAUGACGUUUGGCCUGGGGUCUGUAGCCCAGGUAGUGACGGGACAGGGAGCAUUUGGACAGUACCUGAGCAUCAACAUGGGUUUUGCACUGGGUGUCACUAUGGGGGUGCACGUUGGAGGGAAGGUCUCAGGGGCACACAUGAACGCUGCAGUGACAAUCACGAUGUGCACGUUUGGUCGCCUGGCCUGGAGGAUGUUGCCUGUGUAUUUGUUUGCACAGUUGUUGGGAUCUUUUCUGGCAGCAGGGACUAUUUAUGCGGUCUACUAUGAGGCCAUACAUGAUUAUUGUGGAGGAAACCUGACUGUAGUUGGUGAUAGGGCCACUGCUGGUAUCUUUGCCACCUAUCCUGCGCCAUACCUCUCGCUGCAGGCUGGAUUCAUUGACCAGGUGUUUGGUACAGGUAUGCUGCUGCUGUGCCUCAUGGCUCUGUCUGACCAGAAGAACAAACCAGCCGCGGCAGGCAGCGAACCCGUCGCUGUCGGCCUCCUUGUGCUGCUCAUUGGCAUUUCUCUGGGCAGCAAUAGCGGCUACGCCAUUAACCCCAACAGAGACAUUGCACCGAGGGUCUUCACCGCCAUAGCAGGCUGGGGAGCUGAUGUGUUCAGGGCUGGACAUGGUUGGUGGUGGGUUCCUCUGGUUGCUCCCCCCAUUGGAGGUGUACUGGGUGCAGGGCUCUACAAGGCUUUAGUGGAAUUGCAUCACCCAUUUCUCUCUGAACAGGGUGAGGGUUUACUGGAUGAGUCAAAAGAGGACAUUGUCCCCCUAGAAAAUCAUAAAAACAACUGUGCAGAUGCAUGUGUGUGAGAAACCCAGCUCUGUUGAGAUGUUCCAUGGUUAUGGAGAGUUUUCAAAGCAGACCAAAAGCAACUUUGGACAAGCAAUUUUAAAAUGUUCUGAUUCAUGCGAUCAUAUUCACAAUGAAUUACUCCUAUAGUAAUAAAAUUAAAACAAGAAGGUUUAAAACAAAACUAAAACCAUUCGAAAAAAGAAAUUCAUUCAUCAGUGUAUGUAGAAAAAAACAACAACAGCCCCGUCACAUUGCAAUUAUGUGAAAAUGUGAAAAUAUCAUGUGUUGGCCUAUAUCGAAAGGUCCGAUGUAUAGCCACAUCUAAAAUAUGUUAAUUUCCUUAUCAUUUGUUUAUGUUGUAUAUGUUUUAAGUAUAUUCUCUUCUUUGCAAUAAUUCAGCACUGAGAAACCUACCAGGAAAUGUAUGGAAGCACAUUAUGUUCACUUAAGAAUAUUAAUUAACAAAAAAAGAAACAAAAAAACACCAAAACAAGAUUUAGCAGUUAUGUUUUUGACUUGUAAUACUUCCAGUGAAUUAUGUGACAAAGUCGUCACAGGUGAACAAAAAAAGCACUAAAAUUGCCCAACAUAAAUAUUUUUCAGUUGAUUCAAAGUCACAAGAGAUUUGUAAAUACAUUUGUUUUUAAAUUAUAAUAUACAUUAUAUUAAUAAUACAUUCAAAAUAAAUUAAAAUAAAACAUUUACAACAGCAGUGAUGAUAACUGCAGGUAUACAAUGAAACUCUUACUAAGUAUUCAUUUUUAGCAUCAGCAGUGGUAGCAGCACAUGAGUUCCCUUUACCAGGAGGUGUCACCAGUGAGAACUGUAGAAAACGAGGCUGCAUGCAUAUAAUGAAUCUGUCGCUGAAGCACUUUGAGCUGUGAUAACAAAAUGACUCGUUUUAACGAUUUCUUUGUUAUAUGGAGCAAAGGAACCAGGAAAUGUUCACAUUCAAGUCAUGCUCCUCAAACACACACAUUAGAACCUUUUCACCGCUUUGCCCCACUCUGUCUUCCUGUGCUUCCCUGGCUCUUGGCACUGUUUCCUGCACUGCUGCACUGUGCCGACUGCUUCUUCUUUGGGGCGGGUGCUUUGACUUUGCCUCUGAAGGCCCUGGUUGGAUCCAGCUUGUUGAAAUAAGAAUCUCCUGCAGGAUCAGCCAGGCUGGGCUCACUGCUGAGGGUCAGUGGCUGGUACAGGGAUGCCCACUGCUGUAUAUGGAACAAGAUUUUAAGAUCGUAUUAUUUUGGAUGUUAAUGAAAAUUGUACCUUCUUUCAUGUUGCUGUAAUGUAGUUUACUAUUUCAGGAACCUUUGCCUGAGUGCAUAGUGUCUCCAAACUCUGAACAUUACAGUAAAUUGAAAAUGAAAGAGCCUUAAUAAACUGUAUUUUAUAUACCUGA